GUCCUUGAUCUACACAGAAUUCAACAUGUCUGAAGCUAAGCGUCUAAAACUCGACAAAGAGGAAAGAGACAAUGUUCURCCGAGUCUUAAAGAGUCAGGAUGGAAAGAAGUAGAGGGAAGAGAUGCCAUUUACAAAGAAUUCAUGUUUAAAGACUUCAAUCAAGCGUUUGGCUUCAUGUCUCGAGUUGCACUGUUGGCGGAGAAGAUGGACCACCAUCCAGAAUGGUUCAAUGUGUACAAUAAAGUACAAGUUACUCUCAGUACUCACGAAUGCAGCGGCCUGUCUCAAAGAGAUGUAAACCUGGCAACGUUCAUGGAUCAGAUCGCCAAGACGAAGCUAUAAACAUUUACGAACAUUAAUCCGUACAAGUUCAGACAGUUUGUAAAUUAUUUUUAUAAGCGAUUCGAAUAGACGCGAUUGUUUAAUAUGUCAGCUUUGCACAUGUAAUUUACUCACUAGUAAUAAGGCCAUAUUAUAAUUUGUACUGAAAAUGUGUUWUUGUUUUUCGAAUAUUUGAGGUUUCUUUUACCACU